AUGCCUGCCCCCGAUCUUCGGGCUCAAUGGAUCAUUGAAGUGGUAUCCAUGUACCUGCAGUAUUCCCAGGUUGAUAUUGAAUGCCUGAUAGUCGACGGAGGGCAGUACUCUCCCCUGCUCCACAGCUUUUUCGAUUGUACCUUGAACCAUCCUGCACUCUAUUUCUAUACACAUACAGAAACAGGACAGCUCAUAAUAGCCUCAGAUCCUCCCCAAGCGACAGCAAAGUAUCUUCUCUACAUGGUUCACAGACCCCUCGGGGAUGACCAGGGCUUCUCACCCAUUCAAGAGCCCGAGGGGCCCGAUGGGCCAUAUGCCGACCUUACCGAUGAGGUUCGGUGUGAAAUAUCCCAACGCCUUGAUAUUUCUUUGAUUUCUGGCAAUGUCCUGAGCUCUCUUGCAACUUCUCUCCAGAAUCAGUAUUCCCCGCUGGUAUCUGCGGGAGACCCCGAAAUAAUGUUUCAGUCGCGUAAGCUGGCUGUUGCUGCUAGCGCCGCGGAUGCACAGCUUUGCUCCAAGUAUGUUAUUGAGGUCCCCAACUUGGACAUUAGCGACCCGCGGGUUGCUGCUCAAGACGCAGCGAUCGUUUCAACGGUUCAGCGGCUCUUUGAAGAGUGGGUUCAAGUCCUGCAAGCAGCAAUGGAAGAGUAUGACCGGCUAAAUCCUGCUGGCGACCUUCCGAUGGCAGAGUUGGAGAGCUGGCGGAAAAAGUCGGCUCUUCUCUCUAAUCUUUACGAAGACUUGUGCUCACCACAGUUCAAAAAGCUCUUUGCUGUUCUGGAGUAUUCGCAUGCCACUGUAUUCAGCGGCUUCAGUCUUUUGCGCCAAGAUGUUGCACGCGCCUGUCUGGAGGCCAAGGACAAUGCCAGAUUUCUUAGCACACUAGAGCGUCACUUCAAGAUGAUCAGCAGGUCGCCUCUUCCAGCACUUUCAGAAACUAUUACUAGUCUUUACGCAGCCUUGCGCAUGGUCUGGACUAUAUCGCGCUACUAUAAUACGGAGGACAGACUCCUUCCGCUGAUGCAUCGUAUUGCAAAGCACAUUACGGCUAGAGUUCGCUCGUCGAUCAACAUCAAAGAGCUAUUCUCCAGUAGCUCUCGGAACGCGGCCAUACUUAGUGGAUUGGCUGGCCAGAAUUUCUACGGCCAAGGUGCCAUCGAGGCCCUUGCCACCAACGCCAGCGAGGCCCUCGGCAGCAGUACUUUUAUGGAUGCUGGGAGACGGUCCUUAACGAAAGUAUCUAGCUCCCAGAUCAUUCCAACAACUUCUACAAGCGAUAAUUACACUCCCAUUGAUAUACUUCAUGCAGCUGGGCAGGUUCUUACCAAGUGGAAGGCCCAGUACAAUGAAACUAAGCAGAAGAUAGAGGAAUCAACAACAGACACAAAGCGCUGGGAGCUCGACAAGCGCGUCCUCUUCGGGGAGACAGAUUUUCAUUUGGCCCGCGUGGAGACGCUGAUUGGUUGCGUCCAGUCCGUCAUGGAAUUUUCGCAAAUUAUCUCCCCUGACGUGCAGCGCGUCAUAGGGGAUCAAUCUGGAUUACGUGAAGUCAGGAAAGCUAUUUCCGAGCUUCCGAGUGAGCUUAUUGCGUUUGAUCAGAAGAUUUGGUCUCCGUCUCACACUACGGAAUUUGAAGCGCUCCUCAGUAACUUUAAAGCAAAAGUAUCCCAAACGGAAGUUAAGGCUUUCUCAUAUAUUGACAGGUCGUUCAAACGCCUGCGUGAUGUGUCCAGCGGUCUCGAACUGGUUAGCCGUCUGAGCCUCAAAACUGCUUCCGACACCUCUGAAGCACGGGGGACAGCAGCUACAACGAUAUUAUCCAACCAUAUGAGCGGAAAGAUCGAGGAGACCCUUCGCCAAUAUUGCGAGGAGCUCCAGCGAUCAAUAAAGGAAUUUGAGCUCAAAAAGGAUCAGCCACCGAUUGGGAUAGAUCUACCUCCACUUGCCGCUAGCGUGGUCUGGGCCCGAUCUCUCUUUGUCGCUGUUAAAGAACCGUAUAGAAUCAUGCGUCAAUUGGGAGACGACGUGCUAAAGGCUUCUCAGGCUGCCGCUGAAGCUACUGCUCUUUUCAACGAGCUUGCGAGCAACCUCAGGACGUUCGAGCAGAAGCGUUUUCAAGCAUGGCGUGUUGAUGCAGAUGCCAUUAUCCUGAAGAGUCUUCGCUCUCCUCUCCUGGGUGAAAAACGAAUCUUAUCUGUGUCAGAUCUCAGAAAAGCUAGCCUAGAUCCCGAUGGAACAUUCCUUCCAAAGCUAGUGAUACCGAAUCUGAUGGCAACAUGUGCUAUGCAAGGGACCGGUCAGCUGACGACAGCUGUUCCGGCAAACUCUAAAGACAAAGUGCGGCGCUCUACAAUUAGACAGAGUAUACCAGAUAGUCUUCCACAGCACGCAGCAUAUGCUGAUAUGACGGGAGCCACGUACCUGAGCCCCACAGUCACCUCAUUGAUCCUCAAGGAAUACGGUCUCGAGAUGUGCGUGAAUUUUCCACCUGAGCUCAAUGCACUUAUAGACGAGGUAUCUGCGCUGGAUCGUCUUGGCUUCCGUGUUGGGGAGACCGCACUCAAUGUCUGUCUUCAAAAGGCCAAGUACGAGACCCACGCAGAGGGUCUGAAGAUGCUUAUUUCUAGUUUAAAUAGUGCACUCCAGGACUUCCUUCCGUUGGUUGCGGGUUCCACUCCCGCUAUGGUGUCAGAUAUAAAGCGCAAAGCCAACUCCAUGGAGCUAAUAAGAAAGUCAGUAUCUAAGGCAGCCGUUGUUAUUCGCCCUGGCUUUGGUCCUCUGAACUGGAACUCACUUUCUGUGGACGACUACCUAGAGCGGGCGCUCUCUGCCUGCUCUGAACUUUCACAAAGCUGCCAGCAGAUUCUUAAGACAAUCAUGCUAAUGGAGCAGUGCAUAAAGGGUAUCACAAAUACCCGACUCAUCCCAACCCAGGCCGCUCUUCUUCUUGCAGGGGCGUCUACCAAUGCUCCCGCCCCAAUUACUGAGUCUGGCGCCGGUGGGGCCUCCACUCAGUUGGUUCCACCCGGAUCUAACUCAUCUGCCGCCGGCGAGCAUAAGCCAACCAUUGCGGAGAUAAUGGCGCGUGCAACACAGCUGAAGAAGAAGCAGCAAUUAGAAGGGAAGCGGCCAGACUCACCAACAACACUCUUCUUGGCCGCCCUAAAAUCUUUGGAGGCGCGCGGAAAGAUGGGAACUGAAGAGGAGUACGAGUCUAUCCCAACCAUGAGCCUCCCUGAGUUUAGCUCUCGUCUCGAAGAGUUUCGUGCCAAAUCUCUAAUGGGGAGUCUCGAGAAGUAUUAUUCUCUGGGUCCGCUGCUUGUUAAGAUUGAAGAAUUGUCCUUCGGCACCUCUACAGGAAAGUGUCCUGGGUUGCGCACGUACUAUGAGUAUUGGACAAAUCGUGUCUAUAACGCUCUGGUUGUCAUGAUAGGAACAGCUCUAAAGGACUUCUCUAUCUUGCUUCGUGGGGUUAACACUCAAUCUGAGCGUGAUUCGGCAAAAAGAAAUAGCAAGUAUCUCAGAGAUAGAUACACACCCCUUUUUCAACUCAAUCUCAGUCUCUCGUCGCCAGAGAUUAUCGUUACACCUUCUCUCUCGUCAAUUCUCAACACGCUCAAUAACCAGGUUGAGCAACUGGUUAAGGUAGCGUGCCCGUUCGUCAUCUGGAUCCCUGGCAGUAUUGCGAUGCAUGAGCCGGAGCCGGCGACGUCUGCCACAGGGGCUGAGAUAUUAUCUACUGAUGAGAACGCCACAUCUAUUCGCCGCAACGAGCUCUAUGGAUUUAAACGGAAGACGACUAAGCAGGGCGAUGGACAGGAUGUCGUCGACGCUUCGUCUACAGAGGAGGUUGUCGUGCGCUCCUACAGCCCAAGAGUCUCUCAACACUCAACCAUUACAAUGUUGGCCACCCAACUGAAGUCAAAGAUCCAGUCUUCCAUCCUAGACAUUCAGGAGUAUAUCCGCGCAUGGUCCCAUUAUGAGCAGAUUUGGAAAUCAAAUCGUCUGCCCAUUGUCGGCAGGUUUGCUGCUCUUUCGCCCAAUGCCAGCACCUUCGACUAUGUGCUGAGCUUCUUCACAGCAACAAUGGAUGUUUUGAAAGAUGCUCAUAAAGAAAAGAUGGCCAUAUACACCGAUAUACAGGCAGACACAGUGGAAGCAGAGGCUCUCACUAGCGCCAAUGACAUGUCCAGGCCUUCACGACCAUCUACGACAAAUCGACCCGGAAGUGCUGCUAGCGCAAGCGGUAAGAGCACUACCAAAGAUACAGCGGAUGGAGAUCCUCACGAUAGCGAGUCGCACACGUCUAUCCUUCCCACAAAGAGGCACAUGUACCUUUCGAGCAACUACAUUUACACUAUGUUUAAUUUAACUGCAGCCAACGACAACUUGAUUGACGCCAUACCGAUUAAUAACAGCAUAUCGAUCCAUCCUCCCAUUAAGGUUCUUUUUAACAUAGCGGUUUUGCAUGCAAACAGCCUUGUCAAGUCUAUCAUUCACGAGUGCCAGUUGUGGCGCGAGGCGAUAUGCAGAGCCAUCAUUGAAAAGGCCCGCCCAAUGCUGCUGGAUAGCUACAACGAGAUAGAUGAGGAGUUCAGAAAUUGCGUGGCACAGGCACGGGACUUAGAGUCCCUCAAGAUUGUUCUUUCCACCCUUCGCCGCGUUGCAAACAGGACCAUGUCCAUGGAGCUAACCUGGCUCGAGCUAGAGAGUCUCUUUGCCUUGCUUCAGGCGUAUAAUGCAGAGGUGCGGAUCAAGUUCGAUAAGUCCCUUCUGUCUGGAUCUCCAAAUCGCGGCAGUCGUGUAGGCAGUCCGACGCGUGGCAGCAACACUAGUCCACAGCUAACAGCUGAGCAGCUUGAGCAGCGUAAGCGUGACGCGGCUCUUUACUCUGCCCUUCAACCAUUUGUUCUGGAGUUUGAGAACGAUGAUCUGGGACCAAUCUUAGACCAAACCGACCUAGGCUGGUCCGGCUCGUCUCUCAGAGAACUUAUUAAUCUAUCGGAUACAGACCCGCGACUAUGCAAUGCAGAAAUAGGGGUUGCUUUGACCUCUGGCGCAGGUGGUGCAGGCACAUCCCUCACUUCAUCGCUGGAGAAUCUGACAAUAUUUACCUCUACAGAAGAGGGUGCAGCCGCCAUGGCAACCGCCGCUAAAAGCAAGAAGGCCAUGAAGACAACGAAUGUUCGCGUCUUUGAGCAGGAAAUUCAGGCUGCAUACGCCAUUCGCUCGCGCUGGGCGUCUUUGCUUUCCAUCGUGAAGGAGGUAGAUAGACUUCUAGUUGAGAUAAAGCGAAAGCAGGCAGAGGAAACAACCAAGCUUGCCCGUGUAUUUGAGAAGGAAAUGCACGCGUUCGUGAAAGAGUUUAACGAAGAGGGGCCGUAUCACUAUUUGUCUGUUUACUUUGAAGAGGUGGCUCAGCUGGAGCAGGAAGGGAAGAAGCACACUAAGACGCUGACGGAUAUUCUUGAGGACGUGUUCGAGUUGUACAAGGCAAGCAAGGAGAAGUUUGGCGCUAUCGUUGUCAAGAGAGACACUACUAUUUUGGCCCAGCGGCUCUUCAACCUAGAUCCAAUCAACUCUAUGAGUCUGACACCUAUUGAAAAGGAGCUCGAUGCAGAGGGGGCAAUCCUAGCGAUCUAUGAUCAGGUUAGGCAAACUUUCAAAGAGUGGGAUCGGCUCUACUUUUCGUCUCUUGAUCCCUCCAUGCUCGAGACAGGAUGUGAUGGGAUGCGCACCACGCUACGAAGACUUCCAGCCGAGUACAGGUCCCACACUAUGUAUGAGACCCUAGAUACUAUUCUGCGGAACUACAAAGACUCAAUACCGCUAUUACAGGACCUCAGGAAUGAUGCCUUGCGUGCCCGCCACUGGUUGCAGGUCGAACAGCUUACAGGCCAGACGCUCUUUAGUAAUGCAGAGCAAGCCCAGAACCUAACCCUCGGACAGCUCACGUCCUUGGAUCUUUCGCGGUACACCCAGCAGAUUAACGAGAUCGUUGUUGGCGCGCGGAAGGAGCUCUCUAUUGAAAAGGGCCUCGCAGACAUCGCGGAGGUCUGGACAAAAACCCGAAUGCCUGUCAAACGCUAUGAGAAUGCAAAGGGCCAAGACAGAGGCUUUAUCCUCAAAGCGCUCGAUGACAUCUUACUUAUAAUAGAAGAUAACUCCCUCAACCUCCAGUCCAUGUCUGCAUCGAAAUAUGUAGCACACUUCUCCAACGACGUACGCCUCUGGGAGAAGCGCCUCUCCAUCAUCUCGGAUGUUCUUGAGGCAUGGAUAAUAUGCCAGCGACAGUGGCUUUAUCUUGAAGGGAUUUUCAGUGGAUCUGAGGACCUGAAGGUGCAGCUCCCAGAAGAAGCCAAUCGGUUUGAGCGAAUAGAUAACUCAUACCUUAAGCUCAUGUCUGAAAUAGGCAAAACCAAUACCUCGGUUCUUGACGCUGCGCAGGCCAAUGGACGAUUGGCCCUUCUCAAGUCUCUCAUAGCACAGAUGGAGACGUGCCAGAAGGCUCUGACAGAUUAUCUGAACUCAAAGCGCUCUCUCUUCACUCGGUUCUACUUUAUUUCAGACGACGAGCUCCUCUUCCUACUCGGCAACAGCUCCGACCCGGCGCAGGUGCAGACGCAUCUACGGAAGAUGUUCGAGGGCGUCCAGACCUUCCAAUUCCAGCGCGGAGGCACCAACACAGUCAUUGCGGUGAACUCUCCAGAGGGUGAGUAUCUGCCACUCAAUCAAGCUGUUAGAAUAGAUUCGGCGACCAUGCCUAUUGAGACCUGGAUGACGGCCAUCGACAACGAGAUCAAGAACAGCAUGAAACUGCACAUCAAGACGGGGAUCUUUGACUUUGGAAAUAAUUACAAUUGCCAGACCCGAGUAGAGUGGGUCAAAAAGCACUAUGGUCAGGUAUCUCUUGUAGCCAGCAUGAUCUGGUGGGUGUUUGAUGCUGAGUCUGCCUUCAAGGAUUUGGAGGCGGGUGAAAACAUGGGUGCAAUGAAGGCCACCGCGUCCAGGUAUUCCCAACAGAUAGAGAAUCUUGUUCUAGAGAUACGCAAAAACCUCUCUAAGCACGACAGACUUAAGAUCAACACGCUGAUCAUCGAAGAUAUGCACAAUCGGGACCUCCUUGAUAGAUUUGUCAGAGAUAGCAUAAUAAGCGCAAGCAGCUUUGACUGGGAAAGCCAGCUACGCUUCUACUGGGACAGAAUCCAGGACACUAUUCUUGUGAAGCAGAGUUCAAAUAGCCCGAUCAUCUACUCGUACGAAUAUCUCGGGUUGACCACUCGCCUUGUUUUGACGCCGCUCACCGACCGAUGCAUCAUCACCAUAAACACGGCGCUCUCAAACUUCCUUGGCGGGGCGCCCGCUGGCCCGGCCGGCACAGGAAAGACGGAGUCGGUCAAGGACUUAGCCAAGCAACUAGGAAUAUUCUGUCUGAUUUUGAAUUGCUCGGAAGGCAUGGACUAUAAGUCAUUUGGUAGCAUACUCUCUGGUAUCUCUGAGUCGGGGGUGUGGCUUUGCUGCGAUGAAUUCAAUCGCAUUGAUGCCCCGGUCCUCUCGGUUAUCAGUGGACAGAUUAAGAUCAUCCAGGUCGGGCUGAUGGCCAUGGCAAAGGCGAUGAAUAGCGGAGAAACCAGUGGUCCAAACGUCGGCAGAAUCCAUCUAGAAGGGCGAGAGAUCGACCUGAAGCCUACAUCGUCCAUAUUCAUCACCAUGAACCCAGGGUAUGCAGGCCGUACAGAGCUGCCGGAUAACCUAAAGGCACUCUUCAGGCCGAUCAUCAUGACAAAGCCAGACAAUGCUAUUAUCGCAGAAGUUAUGUUUCUUGCUGAAGGCUUUCUCCAGAGUCGUGUUUUGAGCAAAAAGAUGACUGUGCUAUAUCAGCUUGCCAGUGAGCAAUUAUCGAAGCAAUACCACUAUGAUUUUGGCCUGCGUGCGCUGAAGUCUGUUCUGGUGAAUGCAGGAAAACUAAAGCGGUCUGACCCUGAUGCUAAUGAAGAGCUUCUGCUAAUGAGAGCUCUGCGUGAUAUGAAUCUACCGAAGUUCGUCUUCGAAGACGUUCCUCUUUUCAUGGGUCUUAUUAACGAUCUCUGCCCAAACAUCAAGCUCGAGGCAGGAGAGACGUCUGGCUCAGAGAGUGGUAAGAGCUCUCUCACCCAGAUUUACACCCCUGAGCAAGAGCAAGCGCUUCUUGAGCGAGGACCUGCGACAAUACGAGAGGCUGCCUACUUGAGCCUCAAAGAAAGUGGCUACGAGCUUCUUCCCAACCAGCUCUUAAAGGUUGAGCAGACAUAUGAAACAAUGCAGGCUCGGCACUCGGUGAUGAUUGUAGGUCCCUCACAAGGUGGUAAGUCGGUUAUUUUGAAUACCUUUGCAGCUGCAAAUACAAAGCUCGGAUGCAAGACAGUCUUCACCACGAUCAAUCCUAAGGCAAUUCCCGUUUCUGAGGUCUAUGGUGUCCUCAAUCCAGACACCAGAGAGUGGAUUGACGGUUUACUAAGCAAGAUUUUCCGGAAUAUCAACGAUCCUAGUUUCUACCUCACAAAUCCCAUGAUUGCAAACGCUGUAGCCACAAAUCCUAGUUCUAUCCUCGUGCCAAUUCUCUUCGAUGGUGAUGUUGACGCUAUAUGGAUAGAGUCGAUGAACUCCGUCAUGGACGACUCCAAGCUCUUGACACUGCCCAACUCUGAACGUAUAAGGCUCCAGGACUGGUGUAAGCUCCUUUUCGAGGUCUCCGAUCUCCAGUAUGCCUCGCCAGCCACUGUGUCUCGGUGCGGAAUGGUGUGGGUCGAUACAAAGAAUCUAGGCUACGAGCCGCGCUUUAAACGCUGGAUUCGUGAACGCUUUGAUAACUCAUUGAGUCGCCGAAGCCUUGACGACACAGGCUCUCAACCUAACAGGGCAAAAGAUUCUGUGCCAGAUGUCGAUACAAGCUCUCAGGAGGAGGCCAAGCAGCUUAUAAUGAGCUUGUAUGAGAAGUAUAUUCCUCCACUUAUUGACUACGUCCUCAACGGCGUGAAGCUGAACUCGAGCACUGGACAGAUAGAGGUGGUCUCCCCAUUGCGCCUUAUUUAUGCCACAUCUGAUAUUAGCAUGGUAUCGCAAUUUUGCAACAUCUUCGAUGACAUAGUCAAGAAGGCUGAGCAAUGCAAGCACGACGAAAUUCUUUACUCAAAGUCAGCAGCAGAGGAGGAAGACCCGUUGGUCAACAAGCCUGGUGAUAAAGGCGAUUCUUCUCAGCCUUUCCGCUUUGCAGAUCUUAAUGAUCCAAUGACUCUUGAGGCUCUGUUCAUCUUUACCCUUGUUUGGUCUAUUGGUGGCCUUAUACAUGACCAGGACCGGACAAAUUUCGACCUGUACCUCCGCGAGCUCUCUGGGCUACCGCUUAAGUCUGGAAUCAGCGUUGCAGAGACCGUCUCAUCAUCCCACCUCCCGGGCGGAAUGAUAACAGCGAGUGGUGGGUCUACCCUCGGGGCACAACAGACGUCAACCCUUUAUGAUUUCUACUUUGACUUGAAACGCAACUACUGGUGUCCGUGGAGCCAGUUUGUUAAGCCUUACACCCCGCCGAGCGACGGGAGGUUCAGUUCUAUCAUUGUCGCCACGCUUGACACCGUUAGAAAUUCAUGGCUUCUCGACACCAUGAUGAGAAAUGAUCGCAACGUGCUUUUCAUUGGUGAGUCAGGUAACGCUAAGACGACGAUUGCGAAAUCCUUCCUCAACUCUCUUUCUCCCGAUCACUACAUCACCCUAGGACUCAACUUUAGCUCCCGGACGAUGUCUAUCGACAUUCAGGUCGCCCUUGAGGACAACCUUGACAGGCGGUCGAAAGACACGCUAGGCCCACCCGGAGGCCGCAAAAUGAUUCUCUUCACAGAUGAGCUGUCUAUGCCCGUGGUGGAUACCUAUGGGACUAUGCAGUCUAUCGCUGCCCUGAAGCUGCUUGUAGAGAAGAAGGGUCUUUUUGACAGAAAUCCCAAGUCUCUGAUGUGGAGGAAGAUCUUGGAUGUCUAUAUUCUUGGCUGCCUGAAGCCAGUGGGUGGAUCGAGCAAUAAGCUUGACCCGCGCUUUGUGUCCAACUUCUCGGUCCUCAACAUAUCUACACCUAUUGAAGACAGUCUGAAUCAUAUAUAUAAUUCUAUUCUCGUUACCCACAUGAAGGAUUGCAAUUACCAAUUCGAUAGCUCAGGAGACCCAGAGAACAAUCUCAGGCACAUAACCACCAUCUCAAAGAAAAUCACAGCGGCAACUCUCAGUGUAUACAACACAAUUCUUCAUACUCUGAGUCCAACGCCCUCGCGCUUUCACUACUUAUUUAACCUGCGCGAUCUGAGCAGGGUUUACGAAGGCCUCUGUAUGGCUCUCCCGGAAAAGUUUCCUACCUUUGCAUCCCUGGUCAAGCUGUGGAAGAAUGAGUUCAUGCGUGUAUUUGCCGAUCGACUGAUCUGUCCAGAGGACCAUGCUGUGGUGUCUCAGCAACUUACAACGAAGAUAGCCGAGUUCUUUGGAGAUGUAGAGGGCAUUGAAAGCGUUGCAAAGGAGCCCUUAAUUUACGGCGACUUCCGCGAGUUGCCUCUGCUGCUAGACAACUACGAGGCAGUCAAGAUGGGCGUUGACCCGGAGAACAAAUGCUUCAGGAUGUAUGAAGAGCUGAUUGAAGGAAAUCCGAUUCAGCGUGAUGCAGACCCUGCUGUACCAGAUGAGGCAGACCAGGGUGCUACUGUGGUGGAUAAUAUAGAGGAACGAGAAGAAGGGGACGGCGAGGAAGACCUCAAUGAGGAUGGCACGGUCAAUUUGAAUAGCAUGGCCACUUCAGUCGUCGAUACAGCUCCCAAAAAGGAGGCUAGUGCAGAGGAUGACCCAUACCGCCUUGUGCGUCAGCUCGGCCAAAUGGGUUUAGAAGCAUACAAUCGUUUUAUGCGGCCUCCCCUUGUGGGCAUCGUGCUCUUUGACGACGCCCUCUCUCACUUGGUUAAGCUACACCGCAUGCUGCGUACUCCUCGGGGCUCAAUGCUUCUUGUUGGUUAUGGAGGAUCUGGAAGACGCUCCCUCACUAAGCUUGCUGCGUUCAUGUGUGGCUACGGGAUAUUUGAGAUUACACUAAGCCGCUCCUAUGGUGAAAAUGAAUUUAAAGAGGAUCUCAAAGAGAUAUAUCGUCGCUUAGCGCCUCCGAAGAAUAAGGACCAACAGAUUGUCUUCUUGUUCACCGAUCAGCAUGUUGCAGAGGAGAGCUUUUUAGAGUACAUCAACUCAAUUCUAACGACAGGCUCAGUUCCAGCGUUGUUCUCGGAUGAUGAGCGCGAUGCAUUCAUAAACCAAGUGCGGGCAGACGCCCUAAGCAACGGGUGCCCCGACACGCGUGACUCGUUAUGGUCAUAUUUCGUCAACUCUUGCCGUGACCGUCUCCACGUCGUUCUUUCCAUGAACCCUGUUGGAAACACGCUACGUGUGCGCUGUAGGAACUUCCCUGGCCUCGUGAGUUCCUGCGUCAUAGACUGGUUCAGCGCGUGGAACGACGAUGCGCUCCGAUCGGUUGCUCGCUAUGCUCUUGAACUGUCAGAUCAUCAGAAGCUGGAAAUAGUAGAGAACAGCGUCUUUGUGUCUGGGAACGAUCCUCAAGGAGAGGACAUUCUAAACAACAAGGAGAGACUCGCUGACCUGAAAAAGAAACUGCUGAAUAACAUAAUAGAAACAUGCAUCAUGUUCCACAACCACACAGUCAACCUUUCAGAGACCUAUUGGGCCCGUAUACGUCGCCGUAAUUUCGUAACACCUCGGAACUUUGUUGACUUUCUUACGAGUUAUUUGUCGCUGCUACAAAAGCUGCGACAGGACUGUGAUGGUGACAUCAAUCGGUUUUCACAGGGUCUGCAGAAACUAUCCCAGGCUGAGUCUGAGGUUACUGAACUCCAGACAACGUUAAACGAACAGUCUGUUAUUCUGGAAGAGAAGACAAAGGCGUGCAAUGAAAUGGUCGCUGCUAUUGAGAAGCAGUCUGUGGAGACAGCUAAGCUCCAGAAGGAAGCGGCUGAGACAGAAAAGGAACUGAAGAUUCAAGAGCAGGAAAUCACUGUCGAGAAGGGAGAGGCAGAGGAGCAGCUGGCAGCCGCAAUACCUGCACUAGAGGCUGCUGAGGAAGCACUCAAUAACUUGGAUCCGUUAGCAAUUGCAGAAAUCAGGGCUUUCACCAACCCACCCAACGCAGUCCGUCAGAUCUCGGAGUGUGUUGUUGUUUUCAUGAAGCAGGACACAGACCCCAACUGGCAGAAAGCCAAGAGCCUUAUGAGCGGUAAUUUUAUCUCUGACCUCAAAACCUUCGACAAAUCUCUUUUGCGUGACAAGACAGUGAAGUAUGUAGAGACCAAGUACCUCAGCAAGAAGGACUUUGGGCGCGAGGUUAUCGAAAAGGUGUCAAAGGCAGGCCUCUGCCUCUAUGACUGGGUUACAGCCAUGGUCAAGUACUACGCUGUAGCGAAAGAUGUGGAACCUAAGAAGAAGCGGGUUGCUAAGCUUGAGGAGCAACUUGAACAGAGCUCCAAGGACCUAGCCCAGCUUCAAAGCAAGAUCUUAUCAUUAGAGGAAGACUCCAAACGCCUACGCGAUCAGUUGCAGGCUGCACAAAAUGAGCAACAGGAGUUGGCAGAUAGCGCUGCCCUUAUGGCCAAGCGACUCGAUGCUGCUAAGCGGCUCAUUGCUGGGCUGGGCACUGAGAAGGUACGAUGGGGCCAAGCUGCAGACAAACUCCGGGAAAACCGGAGAAAACUCGUGGGCGACUGCCUUGUUGCAGCAGCCAAUUUGUCCUACUCUGGUAGCUUCACCUACGAAUAUCGAUUGAAACUUGUCUAUGAACACUGGUGUUUAGAAGUUGUUGAUAAGCACAUUCCAUCGUCCAUCGAAGUAACAGAGACAUAUGAGAUCGAUCAGGAGACUCAGCAGCAGACUAAGAAACGUUUGGUCAACCGGUCCUACAAGCCAGAGCUCUUACUGACUACAGAUGUGGAGAUCCUGAAGUGGAAUAGUGACGGUCUUCCAAGCGAUGACCUAUCUGUACAAAAUGGUGUGCUAAUAACGCGAACACCAAAGUGGCCGUACGUUGUCGACCCACAGCUUCAGGUUAACAGGUGGAUAAAGGAAAAGGAGAAGGGGUCGAAGCUCAUUGUUCGGUCUGUUAAUGACGACGACGUUGUAAAGCAACUGGAGCUAGCAAUUACCUAUGGGUCUCCUUUCCUUCUGGAGAACUGUGCAGAGCAGCUGGAUCCGAUUCUAACCCCAAUUCUUGAGAAGGACAUACGCGACUCUUCUGGUCGGAAGUACAUCAUUCUGGGCGACAAGGAGGUUGACUAUGACAUGAACUUCAGGCUAUUCAUGACGACAAAGCUUCCCAACCCGUCUCUCUCUCCCGACAUGUUCGGUCUAGUCACGGUGGUGAAUCACCUUGUCACCGAGUCCGGUCUCGAGAGUCAGCUUCUGAACGCAGUUGUUCGCCGAGAGAGGCCAGACCUGGAAUCAAAGCGAAUGAACCUUGUUAAGAACAUGUCACAGGCCAACUCCUUGCUGAAGUCUCUUGAGGAAACGCUUCUCAGAGAGCUUUCUUCGGCAACAGGCGUUAUAGUUGACAACACAAGCCUCAUCCAAACCUUGGAGGAGACAAAGAGCAAAGCAACAGAGCUUCAGGCUAACUUGGAGGUUAUGACUGUCACUGCAGAGGAGAUCAACGUAGCACGCAACCAGUACUCUGCGGCUGCCUUGCGCGGAACAUGCUGCUUCUUCGUUAUGUAUGGUUUGGGUACGAUCAGCGCCAUGUACCAGUACUCUCUUCAGGCAUUCAACGAUAUUUUCUCAAAAUCCUUGGCAGAAGCCCAGACAGACCCGGUAGUGGAGGUGCGGUUAAACUACAUUAUUGACAAGCUCACUGAAAAUGUCUAUUCCUAUGUCACUACCUCUCUUUUUGAACGGCACAAGCUCAUGUUCAGCUUCCAAUUGUGUACGAGCAUCAUUACCACUGAGUAUCCUCCAGAUACUAUUCCAAGUGCGGAGCUCUCGUUCUUCAUUAAGGGGGACAUAAGUUUGGAUCAGUGUACCGUUGUGUGCAAUCACCAAUGGAUAAGUGCAAGUGGCUGGAAAGACCUGGUGAAGCUUCAGAGUAUCUUCAGCUCCCUGCAGAUCGACCAAAGCCGUGAGGAGACAUUCAUAGGAACAGUGAAGGCAAGGAGAAACGACAUCUUAGAUAAUGAACUAAGCAAGAAGUACCCUACCAAGACCUGUGAUAUCUUCAAGGAUCUGCUAGAGAACAUCAACAAAACCAAUGCGAAUGAGUGGAAGGCAUACUGGGAGGACGACAGACCGGAGCUUCUGCCGCUCCCAGGAGUUUAUAGUGACAACCCUUUCAUAACAGAUCUGCAGAAGCUAUGUAUUCUUCGCUGCCUGAGACCAGAUCGUGUGUAUAUUGCGGUGCAGCUCUUUGUUGCCAGCGUCCUCGGUGAGAAGUUCGUGAGCCCACCAAUCACUAUCUAUGAGAACAUCUAUGCACAAUCCAGUAGGUCAACACCCAUGUUAUUUAUCUUGUCGCCUGGAUCAGAUCCCAUCAUCGAGAUAACUAAGCUGGCACAAAAGCAAGACUUUUACGGAUCCCGCUUUAAGUUUGUGGCGCUCGGACAGGGCCAGAGCCCUGUGGCAGAGGCAUAUCUUAAGCAAGCCAUCUCCCGGGGCCACUGGGUACUUUUGAUGAAUUGUCACCUGCUUCCCAAAUGGCUCAAAACCCUUGAGAAGAUUCUGGAAGGACCCAUGAAUGCAGAGCAGGUCAUUCAGAUGCAGAAUCAGAUAUUUGAGGCAGCGAAGCUGGAGUCCGAGAACACUGGACAACCGAUUCCUCAGGAGCUAAUAGACAAUCAAGUUGUCAAUCAAAUUAACAAGCAGGUUAACCCCGAUUUUCGCAUCUUCCUCACCACGGAGCCUACAACCGACUUUCCUCUGUCGAUUGUGAGCAACAGCAUCAAGGUGACAACGGAGCCUCCGUCGUCUCUCAAACUAAAUAUGGUCCAAACGUUUUCCAAGAUAACAGAUGACCAGAUAAUGGAGUGCCCGUCGCCGUACUUUAAGCCUCUGGUGUACACCCUUGCUUUCUUCCACGCAACCAUCCAGGAACGACAGAAGUUUGGAAAGUUGGGAUGGAAUGUCAAUUAUGAUUUCAACGCCAGCGACUUCACCAUAUCGUUUGAGAUUCUUAAGACGUUUCUAACAAAGACAUACCUUGCCGGCAAGGACAUCCCGUGGGGAAGCCUUAAGUAUUUAAUCGGGCUCUGCAUGUACGGUGGGCGUGUUUCAGACAACUAUGAUAGGAGGGUUCUGUCUGUAUACAUGGACGAGUAUCUAGGAGACUUCCUAUUUGAUACCCACAAUCCCUUUAGCUUCUACUACAAAAAGGCAGUUGCGCAGGGUGACACGGACUUUGAUUACGCGCCUCCCCCAAUAGUAUUGAUUGAAAACAGUGGUAACCAGGUAGUCGUCCUUACGGAAAUGAUAACUAAGCUGGUCAAGUACAGCAUCCGCAAAUAUGGUGCCGCUGGCCUUCCAGGGUGGACCCCGCAGAUGUCUGCUACUAACGAAGUACACGUCACAGAAUACAUAAAUAAUGUUCUCAAGGAAACGACAUCUCUUAAGGACUGCUACGAGACGUUCUAUAUUAAUCGCAUCCCGCUUUUAACGUCACCACAGGUUUUCGGACUACACAGCAACGCAGAAAUCUCGUAUCUAGAGACAUCUGCACGAGAGAUGUGCGUCUGCCUGGCUGAGCUGCAACCACGGAGCGCCUCGGGAGAGUCUGGCUCCAGAGAAGACUAUUUAAAGAGCCUUUGCGAGUCCCUCGAAAACCGCAUCCCUGGUCCAUUUGAUAUGAGCCAAGCACGAAAGAAGUUCAAGGUCCUCACGCCCACGGACAUCGUACUCCUCCAGGAGAUGGAGCGCUUCAAUAUGCUUGUUGUGACCAUUGCUAACAGCAUCAGCGAACUUCUAAAAGCGUUGGCAGGUGAAAUAGGUAUGAGUGAGCAGCUGGAUAACAUAGCGAACUCAUUCUUUAUCGGUCAGAUACCUCAAGGAUGGUUAAGGUUUGCACCCCAAACGCUAAAGAUGCUUAGCAACUGGAUCCAGCAUCUGAUGCGACGCGCAGACCAGUACAAGCUGUGGUACACCCAAGGAGAACCUGCAGUCAUGUGGUUGAGUGGUCUGCACAUUCCCGAGUCAUAUUUAACUGCACUGGUGCAGAUCACAAGUCGUAUCAAGAAAUGGCCUCUUGAUAAAAGCUCGCUCUUCACCACUGUAACUAAGCUUACUAGUCUGGAUGAGCCUCCGGAGAAGCUGGAGUUUGGGUGCUAUGUUAGUGGAUUGUUCUUGGAGGGCGCCACAUGGGAUACAGCGAGAGAUUGUCUAGCGUUCAGCAACAAAAAGGAGCUGAUAACUCAGCUUCCGUUUGUGCAAAUAGUUCCAGCUGAGGCCUCGCGGAUCAAACUGCGUGGUCAGUUUAAGGCCCCUGUUUAUGUCACCACUGCCAGAACGAAUGCAGCAGGCAAAGGCCUUGUGUUCAGUGCCGAUCUUUCAUCAACCGAGCACGAGUCUCUCUGGGUUCUUCAAGGAACAGCUGUUAUAUUGAACGAUAAUUAG